AUGGUGUACAGAGGAUUUUCUAUGAGUCGCUUUUGUGUUGUUUUCCUUGUCAUCAGCCUGCAUUUCGCGCAUGGCGACGUGAGCUACUCUGUUGCAGAGGAGAUGAAACGCGGCUCUGCGAUUGGAAAUAUAGCCAAAGAUCUCGGCCUCGGGACUGCUACACUUUCCUCGCGUAAAGCUCGCAUUGACACAGACAGCAAUAACAAGCGCUAUUGUGAUAUUAAUCUGAGCACCGGGGAUUUGAUUGUUUCUGACCGGAUCGACAGAGAAGGGCUUUGUGGUAAGAAGGCGACUUGCGUUUUAAAAGAGGAGAUUGUUUUGGAAAACCCUUUAGAGCUUCAUCGUAUCAGUAUUCGUGUUCAAGAUAUAAACGACAACGCCCCACAGUUUAGUGAGGACUUGAUUUCGUUUGAAAUUAGAGAAUCAGCCGUGAAAGGGGCCAGAUUCUUACUCACAGAAGCUCAUGAUGCAGAUAUCGGUACAAAUGCGGUACAGCGCUACAAUUUACAACAUAAUGAGCAUUUCACAAUUAAUGUAGACACAGAGGCUAGUGGGCGGAAACAUUCCGAAUUGGUUUUGGUAAAAGAGUUAGACCGAGAACAAGAGAGAGAACUAAAAUUAGUGCUUACAGCUCUAGAUGGUGGUUCUCCACAGAGAUCAGGGACUGCAAUCAUUCACGUCACUGUGCUGGAUGCUAAUGAUAACGCCCCGGUGUUCAGCCAGGCCGUUUAUAAAGCCAGUCUGCCUGAAAACUCUCCUUUAGAUACUGUAGUGGUCACAGUGAGCGCGACUGAUGCAGACGAGGGAGUCAAUGGAGAUAUAACGUACAAUUUUGAUCAUGUAUCCGAUGAUCAUGUCUCUUUGUUCUCACUUGAUCAUAAGACAGGAGAGAUAAGAGUCAGGGGCUCUAUUGAUUAUGAGACUGAGACCUCCAUUGAACUGCGAAUAAGAGCGAAAGACGGACCAGGCCUUACCUCGUAUUGUACAGUAAUUAUUGAUAUAACAGAUGUCAAUGACAACGCACCUGCUAUCAGUUUGAAAUCACUGACUAACCCCAUACCUGAGAACGUGUCACCUGGUACAGAGGUGGGCAUCAUCAACGUGCAGGACAGAGACUCUGAGAAUAACAGACAGGUCCGCUGCUCCAUUCAGCAAAAUGUCCCUUUUAAGUUGGUUCCUUCCAUUAAAAACUAUUAUUCUCUGGUGAGCACAGGACAACUGGACCGUGAAGUGGUGUCUGAUUACAACAUUACAAUCACUGCUACUGACGAGGGCUCUCCACCUCUGUCCUCCUCUAAAAGUGUCCAGUUAUCUGUAGCUGACAUCAACGACAACCCACCUGUGUUUGAGGAAAAGUCGUACAGCGCAUAUGUGAGUGAGAAUAACAAACCUGGCUCCACUUUAUGUUCCGUUAGUGCUCGAGACCCCGACUGGAGACAAAACGGUACAUUGAUUUAUUCUCUGUUAUCUGGUGAGGUGAACGGUGCCCCGGUGUCCUCCUAUGUGUCAGUUAACGGAGACACGGGGGUGAUCCACGCUGUGAGGUCGUUUGAUUAUGAACAGUUCAGGAGCUUUAAAGUCCAGGUGAUGGCCAGAGACAACGGUUCUCCUCCGCUGAGCAGCAACGUGACCGUCAGUGUGUUCAUAUCGGAUGUGAACGACAACUCUCCUCAGAUACUGUACCCCGCCCCGGAGGGCAACUCCUUCAUGACCGAGCUGGUCCCCAAAGCUGCACACGGAGGCUCUCUGGUGUCCAAAGUGAUAGCGGUGGACGCGGACUCCGGCCAGAACGCCUGGCUGACCUAUCAUAUAGUCAAAUCGACUGAUCCGGGACUUUUCAGUAUUGGUGUCCACAGCGGAGAAAUCAGGACACAGCGGGACAUUUCUGAAUCUGACAGCAUGAAACAGAACCUUAUUGUGGCAGUGAAAGAUAACGGACAGCCCUCUCUGUCUGCCACCUGUUCCAUGUAUUUACUUAUUUCUGAUAACUUGGCUGAGGUGCCAGAGCUGAAGGAUAUUUCUUAUGAUGAGAAGAAUUCCAAACUGACCUCUUACCUGAUCAUCGCUCUGGUGUCAGUGUCCACCUUUUUCCUGACCUUCAUCAUCAUCAUCCUCGGUGUGAGGUUUUGUCGCAGGAGAAAGCCCAGACUGUUGUUUGACGGAGCAGUGGCCAUCCCCAGCGCUUAUCUCCCUCCUAAUUACGCAGACGUUGACGGCACAGGAACUUUACGCAGCACGUACAAUUAUGACGCCUACCUGACAACAGGUUCUAGAACGAGUGACUUUAAGUUUGUGACGUCAUACAAUGACAACACACUUCCAGCUGACCAGACUCUGAGGAAAAGUCCAACAGACUUUGCUGAUGCAUUUGGAGAGUGUGAUGCUUCUCCAGAGGUAGGGGCGCUUUUUUAUAUCAAUAUACCCCUCUCCAAUUUCUCACAUCGCCGUUCUGCAGUGUGGUGA